AUGGGGGCAACAACCCCCUUCGUUCUAUUUCGUUUUUCCGGUGAGUUAAGGAAGGAAAGAGGGAGAAGGGAAUCGAGAAUAGUAACAGCUGAGGUGUUUAGGUGGUGCUUCGACAGGAGGAGGGUGAGAAUUUGUGAAAUCACCGGUUCCUCAUUCCCUUCCUUCACCAGAGCAACGGGAGAAUUCAUCCUGGAAGUGGGAGAACUGCUGAAACUACGUGAAACCCUGACAAGGGUUUAUGUACAAAGAACGGGCAAACCCCUGUGGGUUGUCUCCGAAGACAUGGAAAGAGAUGUUUUUAUGUCAGCAACAGAGGCCCAAGCUUAUGGAAUUGUUGAUCUUGUAGCGGUUGAAUGA